AUGCUUUCUUCUCUGUUUCUUGAUCAUCCACUCCAAAUGUAUCUCCUCCUCCUCCAAAGCCACUUCAAAGGCAAAAUACCUUUCCAUGUAUGUAUUAUCACCAUCAUCUUCACAACCUUAGCCAAGCGAACUUCCUCUCUAGACCAAAGCUACGAGGUCUGCAAGCCUCAAACAUGUGGAAAUGGUCCGAAUAUAAGCUACCCCUUUUGGCUUUCUGAUCGACAAGAGUCCUUCUGUGGCUACCCGAGCUUCAAGAUCGCCUGCGAUGGAGAAAAUCCAGUACUUAGUAUUUCCGACGAUGAUUAUAUCAUUAAAGAUAUCUUCUACUCAAACCAUUCAUUCGUGCUGGCUAACGCUGUUGUGUAUCGUGAUAAAUGUCCACGCCCUCUGCACAACUUUAGCCUUGAUCGAACACCUUUCAGUUAUAGUUCUUCUGAUCAUAUUGAUUUUUCCUUCUUCUACAAUUGCGACAAAGAGCCUAAAGAGUACAUGCAUCCAUAUCUAAUUGACUGUGCUAGCAAUGCCAGCCAUCAUUCAUUUGCUAUUUUUCACAAGGAGGUAGUGGAGGACAUGAACUACUCAUGCCUGUCUCCGGUGAAUUUGCCUGUUGAUGUGGCUGUUGGUGUCGAGGCCUUGUUGCAAAUGAAAUACACUGAAAUCUUGAAGAUGGGGUUUCUUUUGAAUUGGACUGCACAAAAUUGCAGCAAAUGUGAGAAGAGUAGCGGGCGCUGUGGAUUCAAAAACAAUGAAUUUGUCUGUUUUUGCAGCGACCGGCCUCAUUCCCAAAGCUGUGACCAUGACAAUUCGUGGAACUGGAAAAGAAAGAUUGUUAUAGGUGUUUGCACAGCUGUUGCUACUGUACUUAUAAUGUGUGUUGUUUUCUUUGUAUACCAACGCCGCAACAGAAAACAAUAUGCUCCAUCAUCCUUUGUAUCUCGAAGCAUCUUUUCUAAACAAACUUCCACGGAUGAUAUGGAGAAGGGGAGUACCUACCUUGGAGUGCAUUUGUUCACAUAUAGGGAACUUGAAGAAGCAACUAAUUAUUUUGAUUCAGCCAAAGAACUCGGUGAUGGAGGCUUUGGCACAGUGUAUCAUGGAAAUGUCCGUGAUGGGAGAGCCGUUGCAGUCAAGCGUCUAUAUGAAAACAAUUGCAAGAGAGUUGAGCAGUUCAUGAAUGAAAUUGAGAUUUUAGCUCGUCUGCGCCACCAAAAUCUUGUCUUGCUCUAUGGUUGCACCUCUCGCCACAGCCGUGAACUCCUCCUUGUAUAUGAAUACAUUCCUAAUGGAACUCUUGCUGAGCAUCUUCAUGGUGAAAGAGCAAAACCUGGUGCACUGCCAUGGCUUACUCGAAUGAACAUUGCCAUAGAAACUGCAAGUGCAUUGUCAUAUCUUCAUGCAUCUGAUAUUAUCCACCGUGACGUGAAAACGACGAAUAUUCUCCUUGACAACAACUUCUGUGUCAAAGUAGCGGACUUUGGACUAUCUCGCCUCUUCCCCACGGAUGUCACCCACAUCUCAACUGCUCCACAAGGAACUCCAGGUUAUGUUGAUCCUGAGUAUAACCAAUGCUACCAGCUUACUAGUAAGAGUGAUGUCUAUAGCUUUGGGGUGGUCAUGAUUGAGCUCAUAUCAUCCCUGCCUGCUGUUGAUAUCACAAGGCAUCGACAUGAGAUCAAUUUGUCAAACAUGGCUAUCAACAAGAUUCAAAACCAUGCGUUGCAUGAGCUAGUAGACACAUGCCUAGGGUUUGAAUCAGACUACAGAAUAAGAAAAAUGAUAAUUGCAGUGGCAGAAUUAGCAUUUCGGUGCCUGCAAAGUGACAAGGACGUGAGACCUUCUAUGCCUGAUGUGCUAGAUGAGCUAAAGAGGAUACAGAGUAAGGAUUUUGAUAAAGAAAAGGCAGAGGAGAUUGAUAUUUCAACCGAUGAUGUUGUGUUGUUAAAGAGUGAUCCACUGCCUCCCCCCCUAGAUUCUCUGGCAUUAAAUUGGAUUAGCAGCUCUACAACACCGAACGGUAGCGGUUAA